CGCCGCCGACCAAACACCUUCCUGCUUCGAGUGGCUCUUGCCAAAAAACUUUUUCAUCCUCCCUAGACAGCGACAAGUAAAGUUUUAAGACUUCUUUAGCAGCUUCUAUGGGCGACAUGACGGAGCAAAAGAAGCUUUCAGAAGUUAUUCAGCAGAUAUUACAAGAGGCUCCAGCUGCCAGGAAGGAUCUUGUUGAUAACCACAGCAACCUCCUCCGAGUGGCUGAUUACUGCGAGAACAAUUAUCUCCAGCAGACUGAUGAUCCACACAAAGCUGUAGAAGAGGCCAAAGCUUUGGCCACCCAGGCUCUGGCCAGUGUCACUUACCAGAUCAACAGUGUGGCCAGCACCCUCCUGAGGCUGCUGGACUCACAGGUCAUGCAGAUCAAAGACAUGGAGUCCUCGGUCAAUCUGCUGUCACUGGCUGUAGCCAUCCACUUUGAGAAGGUGGCCAGGAGAGAGAUUGGUGUUUUUACCACUCCUAAAGACAGGACUCGCUUCAAGCUCAUGACCCCACCGGCUUCAGGCAGGGAGCCAGAGGAAGGCUACUCCAGAGUGCCAAUAUCAUACUCCACCUUGGACUCCAUUGGACACUGUUUUUGUGUUACUGAGCAGCAGCCCAGAAAGAGAGCAGAUACCACAGACAGCAUACAGAGCACUGCAGACACUUUUGUAUCCAGUCUCGGCGUCGCUGUGCCUCCACCCUCGGUCCCCACAUUGCAAACCACCACCGACCCCACCAACGGAAGCCUUCCUCCACCUCCUCCUCCUGUUGCAGAUUUGGACCCCAGCAUGCCUGCCCCUCCUCCCCCACCACCUCCUGUGGACACUGGUCUCCCCCCUCCACCCCUUAUGUCCUCACCUACCAGUUUUCCCUCACCUCCUCCUCCUCCACCCACUCUCAGUCCAUCAAGCAGCCUGUACCCGCCUCCACCUCCUGCCCAAGACGGGGGUGUCCCUCUUCCUCCUCCACCCCCACCAGUGUCAGGAGCUGGUCCUCCUCCACCUCCUCCACCUCCGUCCAACGCUGGCACCACUGGUGGUGUGCCACCACCUCCUCCACCACCUCCACCUCCAUCUUUCUAAUAAUAAUGUUACAGUUGGUGUUACUGGGUGAUUUUAUCCUCGUUAUAGUACCUCACAUUUCUUUUCUAACUCAGAGUUACUCAGGCUGUGAUCAGGUUUUCUAUGAGACAGAUGUAUAAAACAUGUUCUGCAUGAGACAUAUUUGCAGGUCAGUUGCAAGAUCAACAUUAAGCAUUAAUAAAAGCUGGAAUAAGUAUGUGUAAGAGUA